UUCGACUGUCAAUACACUGCGCCCUUAAAUAUGCGGAUAUGUGUAUAUAUAUGUCAACGUCACCAGCACUGGCUGUAAACAGCACAUCCCCGAUAGACAUACAUGGUUGAAUUAAAAAAAUCGGAUGGGUAUCAUUAGCCGAUGGAUUUCUGAUCAAUUUUUGCUGUUAGCUUUCAGCGGAUCACAAUUCUCUAUAGCAUAUUUCCUUGGAUCGCACAUUGUUUUGUAAUACAGACAGGAAUCCAAUUGAGAAAAAUGAGAAUCUGAGGAGCAUAAAUCUCAAGAAAAAGAUUACCCAAACAGGGUAAAAGAGCAUAAAACAUUGCCCAGAUCAGGAAAAAGAAGAAAGAAUCUCUACCCAGAUCUUUAGAGAUGGCACACACAGCACACAAAUCAUGUACCGCAGGGCUACUGAAGUUGCUGCUAGUAUUGUUGGCCAUUGCACUGUCGGUAUACAUUGUGGGUCCUCCUUUGUAUUGGCAGUUCAUGGAGGGUCUGCACUCAGCAUCCUGUUCUCCUUGUGUAUGUGAUUGCCCUUCAGAAGCCAGACUCAGCAUUAUUCCUCCAGGUUUGAACAACCUUUCUUUAACAGACUGUGGGAAGCCUGAGAUUAGGGAGGAGAUGGAAAAGAAUUCCACUGAUCUUGUCUCAGAGGAGUUAAGAUUACAGGAAAUUGUAGCAGAGGAAAAUCAGCAACAUUCUGAGAUGAUGUUACUUGAUGCCAAGAAACUGGCUUCUCAGUACCAGAAAGAAGCAGAAAAAUGUAAUGCUGGAAUAGAAACAUGUGAAGGAGCUAGAGAGAGAGCAGAGGCAUCAUUAGUAACUGAGAGGAAAGCAACAGCACUAUGGGAACAGAGGGCUCGACAGAUGGGUUGGAAAGAUGCAUAAUCUUUCCAGACCAACAGACGAAUUCAGACGCACCAAAAAAAUGAGAAUGUUCUGGAAUGUUCGGUUGUUUUUCUAAGAUUUUAUUUUGCAAAUUUACAUAUGCUUAAACUUGCUACAAUUAGUAUGGGUAAAACAAGGUGUGAACUGAAGAGUGAAACUCUAAAGUUCAUGGGAGUGAAUAUGUUCAUUUUAAUCGGCCAUUUGUCUCAUCUGACAUUACAGCGAGCCAUGAGAGUCUCAUAUGUUUCAAAAUGACAUUCUUUGUUCUUGACUACAGGAGUCUUGACAUAUGGACUUUCUGUGGUGCAAAUUAUUAGCUUUGGCCUGAAAAGUAUGUACAAUAAAUGAAAGAGAAAUUUUCAAAGCA